GCAGCCAUGGCUGCUGCGACUCCAACACAACUGCUCCUCGCUGAACUGACUUGUUCAGUGUGUCUAGAUUAUUUCAAAGACCCAGUGUCUCUAGCUUGUGGGCACCAUUUCUGCCAGGCCUGCAUCACUCAGUGCUGGGAAGGAUUGAGUACAGACUUCCACUGUCCUGAGUGCAGAGAAACCUUCUCCCGGCGAAACCUCAAACCAAACAGACAGCUGAGGAAUAUUGUAGAAGCUUCCAGAAAACUUACACUGGAGUUAACAAAAGAACCAGACGUUGAGACUGUGUGUGAAAAACACAAGGAGAAUUUAAAAGUCUUCUGCCAAAAGGAUCAAACACUCAUUUGUGUGGUUUGCCAUCUGUCCCAAGAUCACAAAGGACACCCUGCGGUUCUCAUAGAGGAGGCUGCUGAGAAUUACAAGAAACAAAUUCGGAGCCAUUUGGAGAGUUUGAAGAAAGAGAGCGAAGAGAUUCUGACAUUUAAAUUGAGUGGGGAAAAUAAAAGCCGUGAACUGCUGAAACAGCUACAAACUGAGAAGCAGAAGAUUGUGGCUGAAUUUCAGCAACUGCGCCAGUUUCUGGAGGAACAAGAGCGACUCCUGCUGGCCCAGCUGGAAGAGCUGAAUAAGGAAAUUGAAAAGGGGAGGGCUGAGUAUGUUGCCAAAUUAUCUGAGGAACUCUCCUCUUUCAGUUCCCUGAUCAGUGAGAUGGAGCAGAAGUGCCAGCAGCCAGCGAGUGAAUUCCUGCAGGACAUCAAAGGCACCUUGAGCAGAUGCGAGAGGGAGAAGUUUCAGAACCCAGGGGCCUUUUCUUCUGACCUGAAAUGGAGACUCUGGGAAUCUUCUCAAAGAAAUGCAUCUCUGGAGACUAUAGUGAAGAAAUUCAAAGACUCACUCUCAUCCAGACAGCGGUUGGACAAAGUGAACGUGACUCUGGAUCCACACACGGCCCAUCCCCAACUCAUCGUGUCUGCGGAUCGGAAAAGUGUGAGAUUGGGAUGCACAAGGCAGGCUCUGCCCGACAACCCUGAGAGAUUUGACCCUGCGCCCUGUGUGCUGGGCUGUGAGGGAUUCACCUCCGGCCGACACUACUGGGAGGUGGAGGUGGAGGUGGGGAGGGGAGUCUGUGAUGUGGGGGUGGCCAGGGAGUCUGUGAGCAGGAAAGGACGGAUCAGCUUUUACCCUGAGCGGGGUAUCUGGGCUGUGGAGAGCAGGGAGGAUCAGUACUGGGCUCACAUGUCCCCUGCACAGAGCAUCCCCUUCCCCCCGAGCUCAGCGCCCCGCAGGAUCCGGGUGUAUCUGGACUAUGAACGGGGGCAGGUGUCGAUUUUUGAUGCUGGUACCGGGGACCCGAUCGUCACUUUCCCGCCGGCCUCUUUCGCCGGGGAGAGAAUCCGCCCGUUCUUCGGUGCUGUUGGUUCUAGUGCGCGGCUCACGCUGUGUCCCUGAGGUGCCCUGUCUGUGCCCAUGAAACAGGCUCCUCUAGCCCCCACCCCCCUGAUCUGUAUGGCCUGGAGGACUCAGCCAGUCUGCCCCCACACAGACGGGGCUGAAGGGGGGGUGACGCUCUCCCCGUAGCUCUAUGGCUGUGCAGGUCUGUGGGAGGCUCUAGGCUGGGUC